AUGUAAAAAGUUGCUUUGGCUCUAUACGAGUACAUUAAUAAGAAAUAUGUGACCAAGAUGAUACGAAGAUCGGAAGAGCUCUAUUCAAGGCAGGUAGAAAAGCUAUAUGAUAGUGUAGAUAGAAUUCGAGAUGGGAGAAUCUGUGAAUUUGAAAGGAAUAGCAUCUGCUGAAUUACAUAAUGGAAUUCAUUCAUAUCUCUCUUACUCACAAAUAUUGGGAGAGUAUGCAAACCGUCCAGGGAACUGGAUAUUCAUCAUAAUCAAUAUAGUUUGUUUAUCGAUAAUUGAUUUAAAGGGCGAAGACUUUUCACUAUUCUAUCAAUUUGUCAUUCCUUUAUUGGUGGGUAUAGCCAUG